AUGCUACCCCUCCCUCUGCUCACCCUCAAUCUAUCAUCGACUUCCUAUCUCGACACUGUGCUCUACGACGCGGCAUCGCACUGUCUCACAACAAACAAGUCGAAUGCAAAGGCACUGUUUAGCAUCGAGACGAGGGCUAACACCACCACCCUCUACCGCGCAGACCACAAGGGCCUCAACCUCAAAUACGACGCCGUCGCAGACAUCCAGUGGCCAACGAACGCGUCCUCCAACUCCAAGUCGUUGUCCGCGGCGCGCGUCACAAUCCUCAACGGGCAGCCUCAAUCUGCUGGAAGUUUUCUAAAGAAGACCGUGUUGGGAGGCCACGCCUGCACAUCCCAUCGCGCCGUCGCUACAUUUGAGCCCUCGAGUUCAUUCGCAGCGGGCACCUGGGGCCGCUCAAAGCAGGCCACGUCCAUCCCCAGCCGUCUCUCCAUUUACACCUCUUCGGUCUCCCAGCACCAAGAACAUAUCACAGAAGAGUACCAGGGCGUCGACGUUCUCCUCAUCAUCUAUUUGAUCGUCUCGUCUAUUUUGCUCACCACCCCACCGGACGCGUGGAUGAACACGUUCCAGUCCGCCCUCUCGCCUAUCACCGCUACGGCUCUCUCGCCCGUCACCAGGAGCACCAGCAUGAUGGGCUCAAAGAGGAGUAAUUCCAGCAAGGGGUACACCAAGCCUAAGAUUGACUUGCUCGAGACGGGGCCGACGGAAUUGUACAGUUACCCGGCUUCGUCCAAGUCGUCGCCUCACGUCCACAUUGUGCGCAGUCUCUUCCACAACAACAAUACGAACAAUAGCCACAUCAUCAAGGCGUACGGCUCUCCUGUCUCCUCCUCCUCUACAUCCUCGAGCCACCACUCGCCCACAUCAUCACUACCCGCCAGCCCUAUAACCCCAAACGUUGAAUUGUCGCCCAUCACCAACGAGACGUUCGCCACUCAACAACACUACAGCGUGUAUAGCCACUAUCAUGGUGGACCACCACCUACACCGAUCGUCACCACCACUCGCUCGUCGUCGAGGUGUUCGUCGCUCAACGGGUUUGGCGGACGAAGACAACAGGCGUCGACAACGUGCUCGAGCCAAGGACAUAGUCCAUACAUUGGAACUCGCGAGUUGCAUUCGCAACCGGGUCCGAACGCCAUCACACCUUACCAUUUGCCACCCGCUCCCACUCACGCACCACCUACUAUCCCAAG